AUUUAUAAACGUAACUUUAACACCGCUUAAUACAUUUGUUAGUUGAAGACUUAUUUCCUAGUAAGUGAUUGCAUGUCUCCAUCACACGAAUUUUUGUUAUUAUUUUAGUGCAUUAAUAAUGAAAAAAUGUAUUAUAAUAUUGUUAUUUACUUUACAUUUAGUAGCUUGUGAAGAAGAUGCGGAUUUCGAAGGUGGCAAAUGUACAACAAAUACCAACGAGUCUGGUGUCUGCAGAUAUUUACAAGAUUGUGAAUCUGCAAUAAAUCUACUUAGAAUAAAGAAAAAGAUCAAGACUUGUUUCUAUAAUGGUAUAAAAAGAUAUGUAUGCUGCGUCCAGACACCAAUAAUAUCAAUACCAUCAAGAAUAAGUUCACAUCUAGAACCAAUAUCCGAUUUAGUAUUUGUUAAAAUACACAAAGAAGGAGUCUUAAAAAGCGGUAACAUUGAAUGUCGUUUCAAUGACACUUUUCCUAUAAUAUGUAGACGUAUUGUACACGACUUUACUACUCUUCGAUUCAACGAGCCUCCUAAAUGUCCUGUAUUGGAGAAGCCAUACGUACGCGCCAACUUGUUGCCACACCAAAGCGUCAUAUACGAUGCCUGUUACGCAUACUCAAGACUGGGAAGUAAAUGCUUCAUAGACGAAUUUUACACAGACGAGUACUAUCGAGAUACCUGUCAGAGCUACAGGACCACGUUCAAGAUAUCAGACGGUGAUCUAGCUAAGAUUAAGGAGUUUCCACACAUGGCAGUUACUGGAUGUAGAUCAAAUCCAGCUGUGGACAUCUUAUGGAUCGGCGGUGGUUCUCUGAUAAGUGAAUAUUUCAUUCUGACGGCGGCGCACGCCUUAGGAAACAGAGAGAAUGGCUCUGUCAAUUACGCUUUAUUGGGGACUCUAUAUAAAAACGACACUCGGAGCGGCGAACUUUACCAUAUUGUACAAAGAAUCAGGCAUCCUAAACACAGCUCUUGGACGCUUCAAAACGAUAUUGCCCUCCUCAAGCUUCACACUCGCGUUAGGUUCUCGGAAUUCAUCCGGCCUGCAUGCCUCACAUUCCCUGGCGCGAAGGAAUUCGAACAAAACUUUGGUAUUGUCGCAGGAUGGGGUUCAACGGGAGAGAAAAGUAAUACAAGCGAUAAAUUACUAAAGGGGACCAUAUACCAAGAGUAUAAUCAUACCGUGUGUAAGGAAAAAAUGAAAAGAACAAGAUUUGUGUGGGACAAUGAGACCAUGAUAUGCGCAAAAUCAGGAGUAUUACGGCCAAAACAGGACACUUGUAAGGGUGACAGCGGUGGUCCCCUGAUGACAAUGAGCAGCAUUUAUGUACCUUGCUCGUACUUUGUCGUAGGCAUCGUGUCAUGGGGCUCUUGGUGUGGAGUGAACCUACAUGGAUCUUACACCAACGUGUCUUACGACAAGUAUCAAGAAUGGAUAGUCGAAAACGUGUGGCCAUUAGAAUUUAAUUCUAGAAAAAUAAUUCUCUUAUGACCAACAUUUGAAUAACGUUCUGAAAUUGACCUAUACAGAUAUCGCGAGACAACUCGUUGCUUGGAAAUAGACUUAAAAUAUCCUAUUGAUUGCUAGUUAGAGCAUGCAUACACCUGAAACCAAAAUAUCGUACAACUGUUUAGUCUCGCUUUGUUUCCUGUAAGCUUAUAUGGAGGUGCGCACACUACUCGAAUUUUAGCUGUACAACUAAACAGUUGAAUUUACUGAAAACAAUCGACAAUCGCACAACUGUUGUAUAAUAGUUUAGCCAAAGGUGUACUACUCGUAUUACCACGCGGCGGGUGGCAAAAUCGCAGACUUGCAGACAGACAGGUUUUGCGUCAUAAGCAACACAAAUUCCAUUUUUUUUUUUCAAAAUUUCGACGUUAAAAGCUCACAGUUGGAAGGGAAAAUAAAGAAUUUAUGUUUAUUUUAAUUUAUUAAUCAAGAUGUCACAGUGGGAAUAAAACAAUCAAGCGUUAGUUUAACGCUUUGCACCUUCGUGAUAAGUUCUCAUUUUGUAAUCUUUCCUAACCCCUAUUUAAUCAACUUAAAGAUUUCUAUGCUUAUCAAGUAACAGUAAGUUACUUUCUUCAAUUAAAUAUAAAAGCAUU